AACUGCAUCACAGAUUGGUCUUCACUUCUUCACGAUGUCCGCACGAUUUUUGUUGGCGCUCGUUUGCUUAGUUGAGCUGUCUUCACUGAUAUCAGCGGGUGGCGGCGGCGGUGGUCACAAGAAAGUGAUCAUUCACGUCCCGGUGUUUGUGAAACAUCAUCACCACAAGCACACAAUAGUCAAGCAUAUACAUCACAAGAGUGGCGGUGGAGGAGAUGACCACUACGAAGUUCUUGGAUACACGUAUGGGGAGCCAAAACCAGCACCACACAUCGGCGGAGGUCACGGCUGGGGAGCAGCGGAGGAGAGUCACGGUCACGAGGACAGUCCUGUAAGCUUCGAGGGUGGCGAUCACGGUGGAUAUGCCCUCAGUGGAGACGAACAUGGCUACUGAGCUAUAGAGUACUAACAUUGACUUUUUCUGAAUGUACCGUUUAGCUUUCUCGCGCAAUUCCUUAUCUCACUGCGAAAUAAUA